UGACUCGUUUGAGGAGUCCUUGAAUUUGCAUAUGUCUGCCGAUGUCGGCUUCACUCGCGUGUUGAUUGUCAUGGUGUGGGAAGCUACACAGGGUGUUCACGACAUGCUAAGAGUUCUUGCCGUGUGAGGCUGCACGGCAGAACUCUUGGCAUGUCCCUCACACCCUGUGUAGCUUCCCACAUCAUUCGCCUAUACAUUCACAAGCCCACGCAACCACCCACCCACCCACCCAGUUGCCACACAUAGCCGACCGAAUAAUGGCCAUCGACACGCGUACAGGUACUUCAUACACACCCACAUAUACCCACGCCACGCCCGAACGAGAUAAAAACGACCAGAGAGAAAGGAGUCAGGUCAGUGGUGUCGUCUCGACAUUGACGGCGAAAGGCCGCUGCAUCUCGUGCGUCCAACGAUGUGCGUGGAGAGAAUCGUAUUCAGGGAUGAGUGUGUGACCCCACCCCUCAGCCAGAGCGAAAGAAAAGAGCAGCGCACAAGGCAGCCACCAGGAUGAUAAAAACAGCAAGUGCUUGGUUAAACCGUUACUGCCGAUCUGUCUGUCUGCAUCGCACAAGAACGACAGGCUCACUGCAUUCAAGUACUACUACAGUUCAAGUCACUGUAGCAGUUGAACGCCAGCCUUUCCUCCUUGUGUGCUUGCGAGACACACCGAUCGCGUCCACGAGAGGAAAAAUAUCCCUUCCCCGCUGUCUGCGGCGCUUCAGCCACAGCGUACGUAAUCGACCUGCCUGCCUGACUUCACUUGCUUCACUCGCGCACAAACGAACGAACCGACGCUUUCACGCACGCCCCUACUAGAAAGCACACACAUGUUGAUUGACACAUGUCUGUCUGUCUGUCCAUGUCAUGUGCCGUGCCAUGUGUGUGCAAACGACGACUUGACAUGCACACAUGGAGCGCGCCCCUCUCUUCCUCAUGGAAGGAAUGGUUGCAUGAAAAAAGUGGGUGUUUCGAUCCUCGAAAUCGAAAGAGGGACUCACAAACACACGUACGCACACCAACACCAGCACACGUAAGCAGCAGCAAGUAACACACGAAUACCAAUAUUCCGUCAGUCAUUCACACACUCAGUUGAGCCCCGCCCGCCGGAUACAGUGGGACCGAUCCCCCUCGCCGCACCGUCUGACAGAACAGAGCAGCACAACAGCACAGCACAGCAAGUGGUCGACGUCCCUCUGUGUUGCGUAUUCGGUGUGUGUGAAGUGACGUACCCUGUGUUGGCUCUGAUGAGCAUGUUGGCCUUGUUGAGGUCAAUCGUCUUGGCUGCACACCACACACAACCAACAGGACAUUCGCACGUUCUUUAUCCUGUGCUUCCUCCAUCCAUCCUCGCGCACCCAUUCUUCCGAGCCCGUGGUGGCCGAAUGCGACAUCCAUGCGGUCAGAGCUACCGUCCCAGCGGCUGUAGACACACACAGGCAAAAAGGCAAUGAACCGAUGCACCUCAUCUCAUCUCAUCUCAUCAGCCGCCCGAUAUGCAUCCCAUUUGACUCACUAAGACGUGUCCUGAAUCUGCAGUCGCCUGGUGCCGUUAUCUUCACCAUUGCCGCCCACAAUGUCGAGCUCGCCCUCCUCGUUGAUGGUGAAGAGGUUGAAGAGCUCCUUCUGCAUGGCCUGGUAGGUGCCGUUGAGCAUGUUGACGAGCUCGGGGCCAGUCGUGUCGUCGGCCAGGUCGGGGCCUGAGAACAGGGCCUGCGGGGUGCGGAUGUCGCUCUUGUCGAAGAAGGCGGCACCCUCUGCAUCAAGGAUGGACGCAUGGCAUGUGUGUGUGUGGCGUGGCAUGUGUACCUUUGCCGACGACCAGGCGGUCGCCUGAUUCGAAGUAGAUCUCUACCAUGGGUGCGUCGUAGUCCCUGCAGACAGCAUGAUACAGGCAUACGGGCACAUCAUUUGGUGGCGGGUGUGUGUGUUUGUGUGUUUGGUCGGUCGGUCGGUCGGUCUUCCCUUCGCUGACCUGAAAACUUCGGCGAUUUUCUGCAUGGACUCAAAUCUGACCGUCGAAAGAGACCACAGCACACGCACCACACACAUCAUCCAUCCAUCCAUCCAUCAAUACGUAUCUCUCCCUGACUCCCUCACCGUUUGCCCUCGCCGAACGAAAGGACCAGUCCCUCCAGCUGCACGCACCCGCCACAUAGCACACGGAUAAUCAACCUCUCUCUCCUCUACUUUGGCUUUCCUUCGCCCUCACCUUGUAGAGAUCGUUGAGGUCGAUGGUGAGCAGGUCGAAGAGGUCGAUGCCCUCGAGAUAUUCCUUAGUGGAGACAAUUUCGUCGUUGACACGCAGCACACCAUAUGGCGUCGUUGACCAGGUCAGCGGGACCGUCGAUGCCAUGGUGUCGUUGCGCGCGCCGUCAGGGGCCUCGCUGACCGCCUGCAGUGCGCGGAGCCGGCUGGCGACUGCAGGAUGCACCUGCACAGAGAGGCCCUGGGCAGUGCCCAAGAGACAGGCACGUAAGACAGUGAGACGUCUCGUGAGGUUGCCUGCCUGAUGCACCGACCCCCUCACCUGUCUCGACAGCUGUCUGACGACUCCCUCCAUUCUGUCCAUCUUGUUCUGGAAGGUGAUGGUCUGGAUGCCCAUCAGGACAAGCAUGCCUGCAGACAGACGCAGAAAGACACGCGCACACCGACAGAGGGAAAGGGAAGCGUGUGUCUGUGACUGCUGAUGGCGGCGGCGGAGCUGGUGUACGCAUCAGCUGACAGAUCUGUCCCCUGCCCACCGCCCUGCCUGCCUUGCUGUCGGCCUACCGAGGGCGAGGACACCGAUGGUGAGUCUCUCGGGUGUGAUUUCCAUGACGAAUGCGAUGUGUGCGAUAAAAGGCAGGACACUGAUGCGAUAACGAUGCGAUGAAGAUGCGAUAAGACGACAGGAAGAAGGGGAAAGAACUGCGAGAAAG